AUGUCUUCGGAAGGCGCUAAAUUUCCGUAUGUGGGCGAAAGCGUCCAACGUUUUCCGCCAAAUGCAGACGACGGGCCAGUAGCAACAGCUUCAAAAGCUACUCAGACUAAGAAAGUAGAUCUUCUGGAUGCCACGCAAAACAAAGAGAACACAGCAACCCCACCAGCCAGUCACAAGAAGCUACUGAAGCUCUGCGCCCUCUCCGAUGUGGUCAUCACCUCCUUUUCCCCCCGCGAAACAGGUGUCAAGACGGAGAAGUCCUUCACAUGUGUCCGCAAACCCAGCACGCCGACAAUCUCCACGACCAAGAGCGUGCUAUCAGAGCUGAAUGGGGAUCUGAACAGCUGCAGUCGGGAUCUGCUCGACUUCAGCACACCAUCUACAUCGAAGAAGGUCCGGCGGGAGACCUCCACCUCCAUGUAUCUCAUUGACCUGACAACACCACAAAAGCUGCGUCCCCCGCUCAAGCUGACGCCCAUCACUGUGUCCGGCAGCGCCGAUGAAUCGUCAGAUGCCUCGCCGCUCGUCAAACCGAACCGUACCAAAUCGGAUACGCCGCCAUCUUCAGCUCCGUCGCACCAAGUGGCCAAGCGGACGCCACAAUCCCUGAUGAAACAGGCUCUGCUCACGAGUCCCGAAAAGCAGAUUGCUGCCAAUAGCGUGGAGGCAACAACACCUGUGGCCACGCCCAAGCGUCCAUCUCUGUUGAUGGCGCGUCGUAAGUUCCUUAAGCCAGUUCGUCUGCCCUUCCAUCCACAGAAACGGACCCCUGCCCAAGUAGCCGCCGAUAAUGAGAAAGCCAAGAGCAAGUGCCCAUCUCUGUUCUUUCUCAGUCCCCGGAAGUUCAAAGCCUUCCAGAUGAGAAAGCAGAUGGCUAAGGAUCGACGCUCCCUCAGCAACUCUACCGGGGACGGUUCCCCCAAGCCAGGGUCAGAAACGCAAGGGGAUCUUUCUUUAGUUGAGGAGCUUGUAGAGGUAGUGAAGGAACUGCCUCAAUCAUCACCAAAGAAAGAAGAGGUAUCACCAGAGAGUCAAUCAGACUCUUCUCAGCAACCUGUUCCCAAUGCUCCCAUUUCCACCGUUGAGGAAAGCACAUCCUUAUGCACCGAGAUUAUUCAAUCGAUUCAAUCUGGAUCGCGACGCAACCGCAAUCCGGCGACCAGUGUCAAGACAGCAGCCAAUACGUCCGAGGCGGAGGCGUCUCCCACAACGCCAGCCACAGCCACCCCGACCGCCCCGGAGAUACCCACGGUGACUCUGCCGGACCCCACAACUUCGCAGAGGCGUGAGGGACGCAAUCUGCCGCGGAAGAACUACACAGAAGCCCCCGACGAUGACAAGCCGACCCCGUCCCGCAGCUGGCACCAGAGGAAUCCGACAGUCAAGGCCCUGGAGCUGAUUGUGGACACCACGCCCAGACCAGCCACGCCCAGGCGUCGCAAGGGCAAGGCCGGCGCUGAGGAGCCGCACGAGGAAGAGCCUCCAGUGAAGAUGGCGGUCACAGAAGUUGCAGAGGAUGCACCAGCGGUGGCAACGACCGCCGCUGUUAAAGGACGUGGCACCCGUCGCAAGCCCGACGAUGUGGCCGAAGCAGAGUCUGCAGAGAUGGAGGAGGCGGAGCCCAAGGCAGCGGCCAGGAAGAAUGCGCGUGGCAACGCACGCAAAGCCAAAGUCGGGACUGAGCCAGACCCAGAGGCUCAGCCGGUCGCCAAAAAAGCACGUGGCGGAGCCCGUGCCAAGACCCCAGUGGUGAAGAUUUCAGACGGGAAGCAGCCGGAGCCUACAAAGGGGCCGGUGGGAGCUGUGACCGCCAAGAAACCAGCAGGCCGUGGACGCGGACGAACUGCCAAGGCAGCCCCAAUUGUCGAACCAGAGGCAGAGCAGCCAGCUCCGUCAACGGAAGCCGCUGCCCCAUCAGCCCCGAAGGCACGUAAGAAGGUUCACUUGGCGGAUACUCCGGACGUGGCAGAAUCUGCUCCCAGCAGCGAUAAGGCACCCAAGAGAGCCCCAUGUUCCCGCCGCAAAUGA